AUGAAGAACUUCGUCGAGGAUCAAACCAAGCUGUUGCCCAGCUCCUUGAAGGAUUUUCAAGAGAGGCGCCAUUUCCGCAUAGGGGUAGGUCCCUUCCUGGCCCUGGGCCUUUUGCAGGUGCCCCUUUGCAUGGCUUACAACCUGGUGAUGGCCAUUAGCACGGACUUCAAGUCGACUACUUAUACAUCCUGCCAUGCCUUCAACUUUUUCCCCACCACGUCGGCGGCUGCCAAGUCGCAGCACACAAUUUGGGCUUUGGUCUGCUGGCUGGAGUUCCCCUUCCUCAUAGCAAGUGCCUGGCUGCAGUUCCGCUUCAACCGGAGGACUCUGCCCAAGCCGGUACGGAGCUUCGGUUGCCUGAUGGCCAUCUUUUUGGCGGUUAAUAGCACCAGCAUGCUGCUGUGGGGCACCUUUGCUGAGGCGGAUGGCGACUCAUUGCUGCACAUAUCCAUUGCUUUGUCCCUGUUUGUGUCGUGUGCCAUCUACAUGGGAGGAUCCUUUGUGUGCGCCAAGUAUUAUAUGCGCGACAGGAAUAGGCAGCUGCAGGAGGAGCUCGCCUACAGUUUGAAGAGUGGUUUGGUCCUCACCUACUACGUGUCCGUGGUGAUCAUGUGGUUCUUUUACUACGUGCACCAGAAGUUUUGCCUUCCCUUGGCCUACUCCAUAUUCGGCAUGGGCGAGUUCAUCUCCUGCGAGUGCUUCUGCAUUUAUCUGUGCCUGGCCUACUUUGACUUUUACCACGUCUACAUAUGCUACGAUCAGCGAUUGGGCUUCUUUCUCAGCGAGAUCUAA